UGCCUCUGAGGGGGGGAACGAGCGACAGCGCCGACCCUCAGCCGCCGCCGCCCUAGGGACUCGGCGGCCUGCCCUGGCCGAGGCACGGGACGGACGGGCCAGGACGGGCCGCUGCGAGCGGAGCUAUGUCCAUGGAGGACCCCUUCUUCGUGGUGAAAGGGGAAGUUCAGAAGGCAGUGAACACUGCACAGGGGCUGUUCCAGAGAUGGACAGAACUCCUGCAAGAUCCAUCCAGCGCUACAAGAGAAGAAAUUGACUGGACCACUAAUGAACUGAGGAACAACCUAAGGAGCAUUGAGUGGGAUCUUGAAGACUUAGAUGAAACUAUUAGCAUUGUUGAAGCAAACCCUCGAAAAUUCAACCUUGAUGCAACAGAGCUAGGAGUAAGAAAAGCCUUCAUCACAAGCACACGACAGGUGGUCAGGGAUAUGAAGGAUCAAAUGUCAAACACUUCUGUUCAAGCACUGGCUGAAAGGAAAAACAGGCAGGUCCUUCUGGGAGAAAGUGGAACUCAUGGCUGGAGUUCUGGGGCUGACAAGUACGGCCGCUUGGAUCGUGAAAUGCAGUCGGUAAAUUCCCACUUCAUUGAGGAGCAGCAAGCACAGCAACAGUUAAUCAUCGAACAGCAGGAUGAACAGUUGGAGCUGGUCUCUGGCAGCAUUGGUGUAUUAAAGAAUAUGUCCCAGCGUAUUGGAGGAGAGCUAGAUGAACAAGCAGUCAUGUUGGAUGACUUUUCUCAUGAACUGGACAGCACUCACUCACGGCUAGACAAUGUUAUGAAGAAACUUGCAAAAGUGUCCCAUAUGACCAGUGAUCGGCGACAGUGGUGCGCAAUUAUCAUUCUCUUUGCUAUCCUGCUGGUGGUGCUUAUUCUGUUUUUUGUGCUGUGAUGGACUGGUGCACCGAUACUUUUCCUAGCUUCCUUCUCGAUGAAAUAUCAGAUAACUCUUUCUGCCCAGAGAGAAUUCCCAUCAUAGAAAAAUGACGUUCUUCUGUGAAUGGAACACUGGUGACAUGACUCACUCGCUCUCUCAUGGUUCUUCUGCCUAUCCUCAUCAACUUUCCUGAGGUGCAAAAAUGGAAGACUAACAAAUGCCCAAACUCUGCUAUCACUGGAAGCAAAGCUUUUGGGUCUUGGACAUUGCUGUUUUUCCUGUACUCCUCUGUAGCAUGGAAGAAACCAAUAUCUGGCCCCGCCUCCAUCCUGUCGCAGGUAUGAACCUUUUCCAGGAAGCACUCCAGACUCUCUUCUUCAUGUCUUGCAGGAAAGCAUUCCUUCAUGGGCCAACUACACAGCACUUCCCUGCAAAUAAGUGUGGGUCCUCAGUAGGAGAAAAGGGACAGUAAAUGCAGGGACUAAAUUCACACUAUAGGCAUUUUCAGUUUCUUCCCUGGAACAGGAGUUCACAGUUAACUGCCAUGUGUAAAGAGCUGUGUGCCACACAGUUGAAAUGCUGAAUUACAAAAAAAAGUACACACCGGAGCCUUUAAAACAAAAAAUCAUGCAAGGCAGAUACAUGUGUGUGGGAAAGCUGUGGGCCCUGAAUGUUGAAAAUACACCUAAGAUUAAUCUUGGCACAUAUUGAAAGCAGGAGCCAUUGCAAGUCCUGUUGCUCUAAUCUGGGCUGAUUCUGCAUUUCAUUCAGUGCGGCAGACCUGGCUCUAGCAAGUUAGUAUGAAUCUUGAGCAAAACCUACUGUUGGAGUUCGAACUGUAACCAGACUGCAGGGUCUGACCCCCAGGCAGCUAGCGCUCAACUCCCAAUUUUGAGAGCUUUAAACUCAGUUUUACUGCACUGCAAAGUGGAAACGCUUUAAAGCGUACUGUAGCUAAAAUCUUGCCUGUAUUUGUUGCGUGAGAGAAAUAGUUUUGGCUUUGGAAGUAAGCCUUCUGAAAAUAGCAACUUACCCGGAGGGGUUCUUUUUGUUUCUGCUGCUUUUUAUUAACAGCUGCCUCUAAUGACUGACUGGCAGAUCUAACAUUUAAAUAACAGUUAAAGGAGAAGAAAAAUGGGUUCUGCUCGGUUAGGGCUUCAUUCUGUCCUGUUACGAAUUUCUUUCCUUCAUCUUUUUUUCUUUUUUAAACCUUUUGAUGUGUGAAUAAUUUCAAUGAUGAUGCCUUUGCUAAAUGACUUUUUAUGGGGGAUGUCUGGAAACUGGAGGAUAGUUUCCCCAAUGAUUCUACCAGAUUUUGAGGGUGUGUGGCUUCCAUCCCCCUCAUGGUUCACUCUCAAGAUGGAAACCUUGAUUUCCCCCCCUCCAAUGUCCUGCUGGGUGUAUCCUGCUUGCACAGCUGGGAUCAGUUUAGGCCCCCUCCUUUUCAUCUCUUCCUGAAGCUGCUGGUUGACAGGCAUGUGAAGGAGCCAGGCAGCUGCAGUUUCUGCCCCAAGUCACAUCUCCCCCCCCCAAUACCUCCUUCCCCCUGGACUCCAAACCCCUGAACUCCCUUCGUUCUGACUUGUUUACACAUUUAGGGAGGGCAUCAGAAGUUGAGGGAGUCAAACCUCAGCAAAGCCAAACAGCGCUGCCUCCUCAGCCUUUCAAGCAGAAGAGUGAUCGCAUAAAAGGAGCAGCAGAAAUAGUGACCUUUGGUGAGUGGAGUUUACACCCCCUGGAGAGAAACUGUGAUCUAUGAAUGGCCUGAGAUACACCAAGAGGGUAUGUGGCUGGAACAGCCAACAUUUCCUCCUCUGGAUGGAUAAGCAGAGGCAGGCUCCUUGAGAGCCUAUGGGUGUUAUUCCAGGAAAAUAUCAUUAGCAGAUGACAAGCUUAAAUGAAGCACUACCAGGUCCGUCCACCCCCCGCAAUGCACAGCCAGAGCAGAGCAGCGGCGGUGAGCUUGGGCCUUUUUCUAGUUCAUGUCAGCAGCAGGGAAGUUGGGCAGGCCUAGCUGAUGCCCCAUAGGCCCUGAGCCCAUGCCCUAGAAGCUUCUGCAAAGUGCUGGGGUUCCCCGGGAGAUGUGGUGGGGUCUGUAGGAACAUAGCAAGCUGCCCUGGUCAGAUCAUUGGGCUACCUGGCUCAGUAAUAAAAACUGACUGGUAGCAGCUCCCUGGAAUUUCAGAGGAAGGCAUUUCGCUACCCUUCUUAGAGACUGAAUCUGGGACCUUCUGCAUGCAAAGCACCUGCUCUACUGUUGAGCUCCAGCCCCUCCCAGAGGGGUUACCUGAAGGUAGAAAGUUCAUAAGCAAGCCUCUCCAUCCAUGAGGGUGAGGUCAGGCACCUUACUCCCGAUUGUGCAUAAAAACCUACUUUAUUUAUUUUACCCAUAAACAGAAAUGGUUGAAAGCUUGACGGUUCUCUUGGCACUAAAACACAAAAGCUACCAUUUACUUAACAGUUGGAGAUAACGGUUUAAGCCUUCAGAUAAAAAGCUUGUUCAGGAGUGGGAGUUGUGCCUCGUUCACAAAUUUCCACACUCUACGGCAAACAUCUUUUACGUUUAUUUUUAAGCUGUUUGGAGCUUUUUUGUAAUUGUCUAAGCUCUUAACUUUUGAAUGGACUGCCUAUACUCCACCUUUUUUUUAUAAGAGCGUUAAUACUGUAAUGCUCCCUGAGCUAUAUAUAUAUUCGCCAAAGAGGCGAAGUAUUGAACUAACAAAAGUCUGCAGCUCUGAAUGCACCCCUUUCAAUGGCUGAUUCCUCAGUAUGGCUGUAACAAAGGGGGCUUUUGUAUAUGUGGACAACCCUGGUGUGGCUGCCCCUUCAGAACAAGCAAAGCUUUUGUUUUGGACUACAUUCCAUGAAACAACUAAUUUUAGACAUGAGGUUAGAAGUCCUUUGAAAAUCGCUUUCAGAAACAAAACGGUGCCUCUUCUCACCACCACCACAAGGAAGGAAAAAGCUUCACUGCUUCAGGUGUUUCCAGCACCAUGAGUACAAGAAGAGUUGAUCAUCCACUCUAAAAGAUGACAAAGAGAUUACUCACCCACCCAACCCUUCCACAUGAAGCUGCUAUUUUUAAUUUUCUGCUCAGUUUUGUAUGUGCCUUAUUGAGAACUUACAAAAUUAUAUUCCUAAUGGGAUGAAGCCUGUGUACGAUAAUUAAAGUGAGGACACUUUGGAAGGGAGACAUUGAUGGUCCAAAUUGUGCAGUGAGCCACCCAGCAUGUGACCAGGGAGAAGAGUUACUGGGCCCCAAGAGAGAAUUUAAAAAUGUCAGGAUCUCGUAACCUCUGGACCUGCCUGCUGCCUACCAGGCUCCCCUUUAUGUCUGCCCUGGGGGCGAUUGGCUCACUCUGACACUGCAGAGAUGUACUUCCAUUGUUUUAAGAUUAGUUCAGGAAAAGCACUCCUCUGCUCUUCAGAGUUUGGAAAUGCCUGAAGCCUUGGUUCCUUUCAAGCAGGUACAUUCCAGGUGCUUCGAGCAACUCAGUCACUCAGAUUUUGCUAAAAUAAAAAAAUUCCUUCAGUAGCACCUUAAAGACCAACUAAGUUUUUAUUUUGGUAUGAGCUUUCGUGUGCAUGCACACUUCUUCAGAACUUUGCUGACAUGCUUUGCUUGGGCACAGCCAGCAGGCUGCGUGUGACAACAAGCCAGCAGUGGACAGACAGCUGCCUCCUUGGUGUCCCGUCCCCCCGCCGCCCUUUUUCUGAUGCUGUCAUCUUUACUCAUCCAAAACACUGCUCCAUUGUUCACUUAUUUUAGAUGUAUCAAGGCACUCCAGCAGCCAUAGCCCUAUAUGCAAACUACAAGUGGGCAGCAGCUGCUACUUAUUUUGGGGUGUGGGGGGGGUUGCUUCAUUUGGCUGACCUCCCUGAUAGUUGCAGAGCAAACAUGUUCACAGCCAUACUGGAGAAAGUUCAAGGUGUUUCGUGGUGAAACAUGUUGAAUGCUGCUUAAGUCAAAUUGCUAUUUUCCCUUCGGCUGUUUUUUGUUAAUCACUUCAUCAAGGCCUUGAAAAAUGGGGCGGGGGGGG